UUACAAUUGCUUGUGUCGUCAGUCAUAAAGCUGGUAAACAUGACUUUUACCAUCACGUGUUGUCAACGGUGCAAGACCUAUUCAGUAGGUUUGUUCAAUUCAUAAGAUCAUGUUAAAUUGUAGCAUUAGGGAUGGCUAAUCUUUGAAAUUUCGACAGUAGGCUAUAGAAUACUUACUGCACAUUGCACAGGUUUUGAAACAUGUCCGUUCAUUUGUUUGAUUAAUAAAUUAAUGAGGUUGAUGUUUAAUGCUGAUUUUCUACGAAUUUGAUACUCCGUUUGUUAAUUAAACGGGGUCUCCUAUAAUUGUUCAAACUUAAGCACAACAGAUCACCCCGUCGUGCUUUAUUUGGAACCAUAUUGUCCAACGUUUUUCAAUUAAUCUGCGUAUUAACCCCUUGCGAUGUGAAAUCCCUAAUAUGUGACUGGAAUAUUUAUUUAUUUAUUUGUUUGUUUGUUUAUUUGCAUUCUAACGGUCGAUGUGAUCAUCACUACUGGCAACUGAAAGUAAUGAAGUUCUAGAACACUGGCCUAAAAUUGAGCUGCUUUUCAAAGGGUUUAAAGUGAUGAAAAGACUACAUUUUGAAAUCAAACCAUGGAACUUUCUGAAUCUAAUUAUGUUGAAAUAAUUGUUGGGUAAUAGUGAUCUUCAAAAAGGUGAAUAACGCUUUAGAGAAAGAAUGCGAUAGUUAUUCAUCUAAACUAUUUCGCCAUUCAUUUUUAAUGUCCUUAUGUUGUUUAAUUGUCUUGCGCUAUUUGGGGAAUCAAUUUAAGUGCAUUUGUUUUGUGAACACUGCGGUUGCAGCGCCUUAAGGCUACAAAUCGCUGAACCUCAGAUUAAUUAUAAUACGACGCAAUACGACGUCUCUGUGGACCAGCCAAGAAGGCACAGAACAAAUCACGCAGAACAUCUUUGUAAAAUGAAGCAGUCAGCAGUGACACAUAGCACACUGUCAGUGGUGUCUUGGUUUAAAAAGUAGAUUCGAACUCGACAACAUGAAGGGAAACUAGGGUAUCAGAAUGUUUUCAAAAUUCAGAAUCAAAGUUUUUUCCCCCUCAUAUUGAAGAAGAAUAUUUAAUGGGACAGAGAAAAUUCAAUGUGGGACAGCAGUCAGACUUGCAGUGGCGGCAAGGAUGGCCAUCUUGAGGAAACUGAAGGUUCAUUGAUUGAGGAGAUCUAAGGAGCUUUAGGAGUAGUUAAGGCAACAAAUCACUUUCCGCUCGAAAGGUCAAUGGAGCCAAGCAACAACUCUGUCACUAUAGCAACUGAGGCCAUUACCAGCCCCCAGAGUUCCGUGUCCCAGGAAGACUGGGGGAGCGGGCUGUGGAUGGAGGGCUCUGGCUCUGACUCCGAUGACAGGGACAGUGGGAGGGACAACUCUCCACCCAUGACCAAUGAGGCCACCAGGGCAGGACAGGAGGACACUUGGCCUGAUGUAACGCAACCAGAGUGGCCCAUGGAGGAACCUUGUCAGGUGAUCAGCGCAGAAACCUCCGAUGGAUCAGACAGAGAGAUUGAGGCUUGUCACUUCCCUGAACCCAGUGCCAGCAAAACCUGGCCAACAGAUGGGGACAAUGAGAGAGACAGCAGGCAGGGCCCUGAAGGGGAAGCCAGCACCCCAGGUACCUCUCAGACUUCCCUUCAGCGACAACAGCAAGAUGGCUUUCUGCAGCAUGGCACUGUUGCAGACAGCCAGCAGGGGGAGCUGCUGCUGCAGCGCCUGUGUCUGCUACAGCAGAAGCAGGAAGUGCAACAGGUGUUUGAGGGAUCUCCACCCUUAGCGACGGUUGCCCUGGAGCCUGCCAGUCAAAGGCCGGGCUGCCAUGGCUCCGCUUGUGUUGUUGUAAGGGAGUGGGCAGGGAGGAGGAGAGAAGGGGAGGAGAAAGGGAGCGAGCAAACGGGUGAAGAGGCGCAGCAGAGCGUCGCAGGGCUCCACACGGGCGAGGAAGCGAACCAGGAACAGAGGGAGAGAGGAGCGGAGAGCGCACAGAGAGGAGAGACGAAAGCAAACGGAGGAAGGGAAGGCCAGUCGAACCCCCCGGCUCACCGGAGAGGCAGCAGGAUGGAGGCCUCGAACGGCGAGGACAACCAGAGCGACAGCGGGGUCUCCGCCGACUUCUCCCCCGGCAGCACCGUGGAGCUCUGCCCCGCGCCCUGCGCCCCCCAGGAGGACCCCGACGCCUGCCCCGCGCCCCUGAACGAGACCCCCAUCGAGAGGGAGAUCCGCCGCGCGGUGGAGAGGGAGCAGAGCCUGCGGAGGUCCCGCGGCCUCACCAGCACCCAGGAGUUUGUGGAGAUCCCCCUGAGGAAGCCCGUUCUGUCCCGGGCCGUGCCCUCCAGGGCGGCGAAAGGGGAGGGCACGGACAGGCAAUUCGCCGGGAAGAAGAUGCUGAAGGAGAUCAGCGUGGAGGCCCAGAGGGAGGAGGUCCUGGUCCUGAUGGGCAAACUGCCCGGCGUCUACGACAAGGGCACCGUGCGCCAGCUGCGGGAGAAGAAGCAGCUGUUCGAAGCCUUCCAGGAGAAGAGAGAGAUGUCCGGCAGCCUGACGCCGCUGUCCAAGAGGCCCUCCUUUUCCGCCAGCGACAUCUCUGCCGCGGGGUCCCAGAUGGGUGACGGCCCGAAUGCUGGGCCUGUCCUGGAGAGCGGACACGGCCUGGACCAGAUCGCCCAGAAACAGGACCAGAAGCCGGGCUCAGCAGGCUACGGGGGCGAAGACUUCGGCAACACGCAUCGGGGUCUCUGUGGCCCCACGCUAUCCGAAGGGACUAGCAGUCAGAUUAUCAUUUUGGAGAAUAACGUGUUCCUCCAUACGCCUGUCCCAAACCCGGACGGGCUCCAGCAUCCCUCCCACAGCACGGGGUCCCUGCCUGAGGCGCACGAUGUGACGGUGGUGGAUUCGGGGACCGUGGGAGAGGGCCGGAGGGUCGUUGGGGAGGCUGAAGGAACGGAGGAAGCAGAGGAGGAAGAGGAGGAAGAGGUCAGCAUGGUCAGAGAGAACCCCUUCUUCAAGCUGCGCUCCUCCAUGUCUCUGCGGCCUGAUGUGGAGCAGGACAUCCAGGAGGGGAGGCAGCGGGAGAGGGAGCUGAGGAGGCAGAGGAGCAGUCUGUACGGGACCACGGGUGCAGGAGGGGGGCGGCCGGCCAGCACGGGGACCCGCAGCCCCACCCCCUCCCAAAACGGCCUUUCUACAUCAGAGCUUCCCUCAUACACCACCUCACCCACACCAUCAGCCCGACAGUCGCUUGGGAAACUGGACCUGACCUGGCCCCCGGCCCAGCCCAGCGCAGAGGUGACGGGGCAGACUGAGGCCCCGAGGAGUCGGAGGAAGACGCAGCUCCUGCAACGCUGGGAGUCGGGCACUGUGAACGGGCACGAGGAAGAGCAGGACUGAGGCUGGAGUCCCCCCUGCAGGCCAGCAGAGGAACCGCAGCCCAUCUUCAGGCUCUAAAGACCCCUCCGGCCCCCGUCCCCCCCCGUCCCCCCACCCCCUCCCCAUUGGGGAACUGGAACAGCGGAACCAGGGCAUCGAGCCCCGGAACAUUCAAAGCCUUCGGAACGCAAGGAACGCCGUGUAGAUGUUAUGGAAUCGUCGGCGGGGCAGCGUCUGAUGAGUCGCUCCCUUCGCGCGGGGCAACGGGAGGAUUCGUCUGCUUGCGUCCAAAGGGCCAGGCUCGGCAGGGCCCUCAGAGGGACGCUGUUCAGUGGCGAUGUUGGCGCUCGGCUCGCGCGGCCCAGCCCCGCCCCCUCAGCACGGCCCUUCGAGCCAGGCUCCGCCUCCGGUCUGAUCUACCAGCUGCUUUUGCCAUUUAUGAUUUUUAUAUGUCUGUAUAUACGGUAGCUUUUAUGAGUAGGGCUGUGAAGAAAAUAUUAGGGAAUGAAUGCUUCUGAGCGUGGGGCUCGCUUCCUGGUAGACAUACUUUGCUCGUCAGUAUUUUUUUAUAGACUUGUUCAGACAGCUGCGGUUUCGAAACUCUGAUUCUGCCUGAUUAAAAAAAAUAAAAAUAAAAUAAAAUUUUAUUUGUGUUAUCGUUAGCAAAAAAAAAAAAUUGUCAAUAUAGCUUUUUUCUCAAAGAUAGGACGAUCAAAGAACCUGAUUUAGCUGAAUAUUUAUUGAGGCGAAACAUCUCUGCUUUCACUUGCCUUGCCAAUUAAUUUUAUGGAGCUCUCAGUGUAGAAGAAUGACGAUAAUAAAUUCAGACGGGUUUUCCUGCUCCUCACGUGGCUCAUAUGAUUAUAGUUUAAAGCCUCUGGCUGUGAUGUUGAGGCAGAGAGACAGGGCUAAUGUGGAGGGUCUGUGCUAACACACUGAGUUAAAAUAAGUCAUGCCCACCCUGCUUCCUGACCCAUUUGUUCAUGAACCAAUAGCUGGUCAUUAAUAGUAAUAUACUAACCAUAAUAUGGCAAUGUCCUGCCGUCUGAGAUCUGUUCCUAUACUGCAGUGUUCAGACCGUGUGUAAGGUGUGUUCAGACACACAGAACAGUAACAAUUCGGCAGUGUAGUGUAAUGGCUAAGGAGUUGGUCCUGUAACCUAAAGGUUGCAGGUUCGAUUCCCAGGUAGGGCACUGCCGUUGUAGCCUUGAGCAAGGUACUUAACCUGCAUUGCUCCAGUAUAUAUCCAGCUGAAUAAUUGGAUACAAUGUAAGUCGCUCUGGAUAAGAGCGUCUGCUAAAUGCCUGUAAUAACAAUUCAGAAUCUGUGUGGUUUGGCAUGGUCACAUCACGGCCAAUCAGAAGUGGUGUUGGUGUAAACAGCAAAGGCCUAUGAAUGGAAACGGCAGGUAAAUGAACAGAAUUAUGAUGAACAGAACUAUCUCAUAACCAUAUGCAGCCUGGCAUAACUAUACAGUGGGAUCCCGUGAAUACACCAGGCAUGGAUUUGUAUGCGUGUUCUGUCCAAGCUAUGCAUUUACAUAAAUGGAGGUCACCUUAUGAACGCUUCAUUUGAUCUGUUUCCCACAUUGGAAUUUCAGGCCUUUUAAACUGUAAUAAUCUACGGCAUAUUAAUACCCCCGGCAACACUGAUUCUCUUUGCCAGGAAGCCUAAUAAAAAAAAUCAAUUUACGGAGACACAACUGUUGGGACCAUCCAUCGGCCAUGUUUGGUUCACGUCCAUCUGUCGUAUUUCUAUGUGACUGACCACACAUUCCCAACGCAGCAAUGUCCAUGCCCAUCUUUGGCCUGUCUUUAUUAUUACUGGGUUUUUUUUAAUUUUUUUUUAAAGCUAUUAUUUAAUAGCGCAAGAGCAGAGGUUUUGAGGUAUUGGGACCAUGUGGUCUUUCGGUCUCUGGCUGCACUUACAUCACACAGAGUGUUUCAUGUGUGCACAUUCUUUAUUGGGAUGAAGUCUGCAUUUACUUUUCAAAAUGAAAGUGUCUGUAUGGGGGGGGGGGGGGGAAAGGACAAGCCUAUCAUUCAGAAGGCAAAGCUAUAAAAUAUUUUCCCUGAGAUUCUGGAGGGUGCAUGAAAAACUCCACUUCCCAUCAGCCCCUUGGAAAACUUUAGACUUCACCCUAUUGAUAUGGACAGGUCAGUGGCCCACCCCAGAACAGAGAACCAUAUUCACGAGAAAACAACUUCUAGAAAUGUUUCCGAAUGGCAGACACUGAUGCAUUCAUAGGCACUGUCGCAUUUAUAUAAAACUUUACAGAUUCAUAAAAAACAUCUUUGAGUUAGAUGAAAUUGGCCUUUGCAUAUUUUAUUUAUUAUAAUGGAGCAGUGUGGGAAGAGGUGGAAAGAGAUGAAUACAGAAUUCUGCAGGAGGGAUGAUGAUCUGAUGUAAAUCUGAAACUGUCAAUUAUUAUGUAAAGCCGAAAGAAAGAAAGAUUGGAAUGCAAAACAAUAAAUCUUCUCACCAGAGAAGAUUAAAUAAACUCCAAAACAAAAAAUCCCACACGCACCUUAAACUUUUCAACACGACUGGCUUUCAAGUCCCAAAACAUAUUUUUUGUGACAUGCAUUCAGGAGGAUGUUGGAGGGACCUUACAAAAUAAAUGAAGCAGAGGGAUGUCCAUCUCUCCCCCUCUCUCUCUCUCUCUCUCCCUCAGAGCAAGAGCCGAGGAGGUUUGUGCCUGCGAGAGUGGCUCCAUGGGCUUGCGUAAUAGUCUUUUGAAAGGAGCCUAAACAAUGGAGGAGAAGGGGGUGGAGGGGGAGGCUGGUGAAACGUGACACGGCAGGAACUCACCGGUAUUGUGGGUUCCUUUCACGGGAAGGAAGAAAGUGCACACUCAAUUUAUCCGUUUAAAAUAAAAAAGUGCACUUCCAAGAAGCUGAAACCAAGUGUCAUGGGGUUGCUUAAACACACACACACACACACCAUACACACACACACACACACCACAUAUACACACACACAAUAAUACACACAAUGAAAGCAUAACACGUGUGUGUGU